AUGACCCAUCUUAAAAGAGUUGCACCAGCUGAUUGGAGAAGGGUUGCAGCUAGAAUUAUCAGCCAAGGGUACUUGGAUUUUGUUAUGGAGUUACAAGUCGCCUUUAACAGACAUGACUCAAUAUGGGUUAUAGUGGAUAAGUUACACAAGAUUGCUCACUUUAUUCCUGUUAGAGCUAACUACUUUGUGGAUAAGUUAGCCCAGGUGAAUGUAGCGGAGAUAAUCAGGUUGCAUAAAACUCCAGUAACAAUAGUCUUCGACAGAGGACCACAGUUCACUUUAAGGUUUUGGCACUUUCUUCUAAAUGAAUAA